AGUGAACUUCCUACUUACUGUGACUACUAUAUAAAUGCAUGUUUCCAUAGGAACCACUCAAAAAUCAAGCUCUCAAGACUCUUUUUAGAUCCAUUUUGCAGGUGAAGUUCAUGGCAAACAAUGUUUUUGGCAACCCCAUCAGUGACGCAACGGUGAAGCUACUACCACGGUACAAAGACAAGGAAACUAUAACUGCUACGGACAGAGCACAAGUUGCUCUUCAGUACAAAAACACCGAGGACAAGGACACAGAUGCGCUUACCUAUGUUGACAAGCUGAAGAACAGCUAUGGCAAUGGAGUGUCUACGCUUUGUUUAAUUUACAAUGCUACAGGAGAUGCUUUAACCUUCAUCAACAGUCAUGACUGGUACGGACAUAUUGGUGAUGCCCCGUACCCAUCUCGGCUAGAGAAUGGACAAUGGGGUGCUUAUCUCCAUGUCCAUGACUCCGGAGCUGCUUCUGGAUCUGUUGCUGCUACUGUGUAUCGCGGUAAGAACGGGGAUGGCGAUGAAUGUGACUGGAUGAUUUCGUGGAAUAAUCCAUGGAACAGAUGGUUUUUCAACAACACGGUGUAUACUGAGAUCCGUGAAGCACAUCACUAUGAGAAUGAUUAUUGGGGUUAUAUUUAUGAUAAGCUGAAAGAUUGUGGACUCGUUAAUCAUGACACAUGGAAUGGAUGCUAUUCCACUGUAACAACUGGUAGUAGCACUUCCCCAAAGUUAGAGGCAGUACUGACUCUGGAAAGCGUCAAGAAAACUAUCCUUGGGAAUAACUAUUAGGGCUCAAUUCCAUCUCUAUCAAAGUUUUCCUACUAUGGUAAUUGUCCAAUUUAUCAAAUUGGCAACCAAAAAUUAAAAUAAAAGAAAGCUUUAUGUAUGGAAGAUCACAGAUUAUAUAAAAAGUCAGACCUGGAAGUAAAAAUGAUCAAUAUGACCUGAUGUAUCCUGACUUUUAUAUAGACUACUUUUUCCAUUAAUCCAGUCAUGUAAUUAACUUGGUUCUUAUAAGCCGUAUAUUCUAUGGCCUUUUGGA